UGACUCUUUGUUUUUUCAUCAUGUGACCCUUCACAGCUGCUAUUUAAGCUGAUUAUCAACUUCUCCUUGCUUCUCUUCAUUUCUAACCAAGACAUUUCAGUGUUCCUCCUGUCUACACUCCAAAGAUGAUGCCCCCACAGCAAGAGACGGAGACCGUUGGCCGUAUCCCAGCCGUCAGCCGAUUGGAGAACGUCUCUGUCCAUGCCGAGCCGACGGGGUUUGAACUCUGCGACACGACUAGCAAUUUGAACGGUCGGAUCGAAGCCUGUAUGCCAGAACAGCCACGGACGGCUGCAUGCGGACGUUCAAUCAUUUGGAAAACGUUGCACCCUGUGACAUUGAAGUUCGAGGACGUGGCGUACAGUAUAGACCUGCCAUCGCCCGCGCCCAAGCCGGACCGGGCCUUACUCAGCGGCGUGACCGGGAUCGUGCGGCCAGGAGAGCUCCUGGCCAUGAUGGGCCCAUCUGGCAGCGGGAAGACCACCCUCCUUACCGCCCUCGCUGGCAGGCUCCCGGGCAAGAUCUCGGGCAGCAUCACGUACAACGGUAAGCCCUUCUCCGGUUCAGUCAAGCGUCGAACCGGGUUCGUCACCCAAGACGACGUGCUCUACCCACACCUAACCGUCCUCGAGACGCUAACGUACGCCUCUAUGCUAAGGUUACCCAAGAAACUCACCAGGCAAGAGAAACUCGACCAGGCCGAGUCGGUCAUAGUGGAACUCGGUCUGACUCGGUGCCGUAACAGUAUCGUUGGUGGGCCCCUCCUGCGGGGCGUAUCGGGUGGAGAGCGUAAGCGGGUCAGUAUCGGGCACGAGAUGCUGGUGAACCCGAGCCUGCUGUUGUUGGACGAGCCAACGUCCGGUCUGGAUUCGACCACGGCCCAGCGGAUCGUGGCCACCCUGCAGGGGCUGGCGAGAGGUGGGCGGACCGUCGUGACUACCAUACAUCAGCCAUCCAGCCGUUUGUACCGGAUGUUCGAUAAGGUGGUGGUCUUAUCGGAGGGGUACCCGAUUUUCAGUGGGAGCGCGGCUCGGGCAUUGGAUUAUUUCGGGUCUAUCGGUUACGUAUCGGGUCCGGCCGUUAAUCCUGCGGAUUUUCUCCUCGAUCUUGCCAACGGUGUGAUACUGGACACAAAGCAAGGGGAUCAACUCGAGAAUCAUGCUCGGCCAGAAUCCGACGAUCAGAAUUCGAUGAGACAGUCUCUCAUAUCGUCUUAUAAGAAGAUCCUAUACAAUGGAUUGAAGGCUGAGAUUCACCAAAAUUGCAUGGACCCGAAUCUAUAUUCAGAAGGAAAACCAUCUUUCCGGGGUUCUGAUGAUCAAUGGACCACAAGCUGGUGGGAGCAGUUCAAGGUUUUGCUGAUAAGGGGUCUGAAAGAGAGAAAACAUGAAUCCUUUUCGGGUCUGAGGAUUUUUCAGGUCAUGUCCGUUUCCAUUCUUUCGGGUCUCAUGUGGUGGCAUUCGGAUCCUUCCCACAUUCAAGAUCAGGUGGGCCUCCUUUUCUUCUUUUCCAUUUUCUGGGGUUUCUUCCCUCUCUUCAACGCGAUCUUCACCUUCCCUCAAGAGCGAUCGAUGCUGAUCAAGGAACGGUCCUCGGGCAUGUACCGUCUAUCGUCCUACUUCUUCGCGCGCAUGGCCGGCGACCUGCCAAUGGAACUCAUCCUCCCAACGAUCUUCAUGAUCAUCACGUACUGGAUGGGCGGCCUCAGUCCGUCGCCGACCAACUUCAUCCUGACCGUCCUUGUCAUCCUCUACAACGUCCUAGUCUCCCAAGGACUGGGCCUGGCUCUUGGGGCCGUCUUGAUGGACGUCAAGCAAGCAACCACGUUAGCGUCCGUGAUCAUGCUCACAUUCCUUCUAGCAGGUGGAUACUACGUGCAACAUAUCCCACCGUUCAUCGCAUGGCUGAAAUACAUUUCCUUGAGUUAUUACUGCUACAAGCUUCUCUUAGGAGUGCAAUACACUGAUCAUGAUUACUAUGAGUGUGGGCCAGGGGUCACAUGCAAGAUUGCUGAUUUCCCAAUCAUCAAGCAUCUGGGCCUUGGCAAUAAGGGCUAUGAUUUGAUGGCCUUGACCCUGAUGUUGGUGGGGUAUAGGCUUGUGGCUUAUUUGGCUUUAAGGAAGGGCCCACUUCAUUAAUCAUGGCCAAAUAAGAUUAAGGGUUGGAAAAACAAGAUUACAUCCUUAAUCAAAAUUGUGUUCUUCAAAUUGAUUUUUGGGGGAUGACUUCAAUACAUUGUUUGGGAAGAAGAUUUCUUAUACGCCGACGGUGCGGUGCGGUGUGUAAUGGUUUUCGGGUUCAAACCCGUUUGGUUUGGUCGGUGAUGCGUGUUAGGGUUUAGGUGUUGUUUAAUUAUUGUAAUCUUUUUUUUUCUUUUCUUUUCUUUUCUUGUUUAAAAUGUAUGUAUAUCAUAGAACUUGUUAUAUGCAAAUGUUGAAGAUUACUAAAUGUGAAAUAAUAAGGUGUUUGAUUUUCUUAAAA